AUGAGGAUCAUACACCAUCCAGGGCGUGCGAUUGAUGCGAGUCUUUCGCUCGAACAGCGCAGUGCAAUGGGGGCCCUGUACGAGGCUAACUGGAACAAGGUACAGUCGAGCAUGAACUCGCUGAUCGAGAGUCACCAUGAGGCAAACUCCUACGAAACGGUAGAUCAUCCAACGUCCAGACCUGUAAACCUGGAAUCCUAUCGAACAUCGACCGUUACUGGGUCUUCUGAGGAUGAUGAAGGCCUCCCCGAUGAGGAGGAGCGUGAUUCGUUUCAGGAAGGCAAUGGUGUUCUCAAAGCACUCAAUGGAUACCGGCCAGCUACGAUAAGACGAGCCCGCCAACGACAAUACCCAGAAUGGGAUGAGUCAAAGGACCAGAAAGACUCCCUGGAUGAUCCAAACGCAACCAAAUAUCAUACCGUCCGAGGACGGAUGUUUGAAAAUACUCACAAACCUCGGCCAGCUUUGCGAGGCUCCAGUAUGGCUGAGUUCGAUGCAGGGCAUUACGCUAACUUACUUUCCACGGAAGAUCGUGUUCCGGCAGUUCCAGCGCGUAACUCAACCUUAAAGCGUUCCAAUACGGUUGCGGCACAAACUCCUGCUGCUCAGCAGAGAACUUUAGACCGACGGGAACUGUUCUUGCACCAACAGCAACAUCAAUACCAUCCUCCACCUGAGCACCAACCGAAAAAGGAACGCGUAAGGCAACAGGCACCUAUGGACGAGUACUCUGAUUAUCUGCAUCGUCCGGUCAGUCACUAUCCAGACCCGAUGGCGGGCCUCGAAAGCAAACUGAGAUCUAACGCGAUCUGUGAUAAUGGUACCGUUGGUGUACGGUAUCGUGAUAAGUCCAGCCCAGCCGACUAUCGUCGUGGUAGUGAUGACAGCGAGAGUAACCUAUCGAUCGGUGAUCGUAUGACGUCUUACCGUUCGGAUAACGAUCUCUGUUCCCAGAUCUACCGUGAAGGUAGCCGGAAUGGCUCAUUGGCUAGUAUUCCACGUGCAACAGCAACGCUCUCGCGCAAUCGAACUAUCAAGGGUCGUCCAAUUUUAGAAGAUAUUCCAGCCGAUUUAUUGCCACGGUUAGAACCGGAAAAACCUAAACGGUCCGGUAAAAAGGUCGGUUUCGGGAAGAUGCUUUACAAUACGAUUUCGGCUGGAACGAAAUUCCCGCGUACAUUGCUCAAGUCACACUUUGGAGCUGGUGUUCGGGAAGGUGGUGAGACAUCCGAGUACGAUAGUGCCACCGGAUAUCAGGAUUCGUCACUCUCAUCGAUGACAUCCUCUGCGUCUUCUUCCUCGUCCUCCUCGCCACCAUCCUCCUCUAAAUCGUCAUCCUUCAAAAAAUUGUUUGGUGUUGGUGGAACUAGUAGUGGCAGCAGAAGUACCAGCAAUAGUAGUACCACCAGCAAUAGUACCAGCUCUGCCACCGUGCAUCAACAGCGCCGUACGCAGUUUAGUGACGAUGGCGGUGGCGAAACGUUCAUUAUUUCCACACGCCACGGCCCAGUCGGUGGCAAGUUUCCCUCGCUGGUUCCGGUGCAUACGUACGCACGGAAGCGACGCACUGGAAAUUUGAUCGCCAACGAACCCAUCUACGGCAACGUGGAAGAGAUCUACGCCAAUCCCGACGAGGGUCGCGUUGAGGUGUCCCGUGAAGGCAAAUACCUGUCGACACUAUCCGGUGCUAAGGUCCUCGGUGAGCUAGCCAUCCUCUAUCACUGCCAACGAACAGCCACUAUCACAGCCGCCACCGACUGCAAACUCUGGGCUAUCGAGCGACAAUGCUUCCAGACGAUCAUGAUGCGAACCGGCCUGAUACGGCAGGCCGAGUACUCCGAUUUCCUCAAGAGUGUACCGAUCUUCAAGAACCUCCCGGAGGAUACGCUCUGCAAGAUAUCCGACGUGUUGGAGGAGUGUUACUACCAAAAAGGUGAUUACAUCAUACGCCAGGGUGCUCGUGGUGACACUUUCUUCAUCAUCUCCAAGGGUCAGGUGCGCGUAACGAUACGUCAACCGGACACGCAGGAGGAAAAGUUUAUCCGCACUCUUGGGAAGGGCGAUUUCUUCGGCGAAAAGGCUCUGCAAGGGGAUGAUCUGCGCACCGCAAACAUUAUCUGUGACUCGCCGGAAGGAGUUACCUGUUUGGUGAUCGACCGGGACACUUUCAAUCAGCUGAUCUCGAACUUGGAUGAAAUCCGAAACCGCUACAACGAUGAAGGAGUUAGCGAGCGUAAGAAAAUUUACGAAGAAUUCCGGGAGGUGAAGCUGUCGGAUCUGCGUGUAAUCUCCACGCUCGGAGUCGGUGGCUUUGGACGCGUGGAACUGGUUCAGCUUGCGCAAGACAAAUCACGAUCGUUCGCACUGAAGCAGAUGAAGAAGGCACAGAUAGUCGAGACACGCCAACAGCAGCACAUUAUGUCGGAGAAGGAAAUUAUGAGCGAGGCAAAUUGUGACUUCAUCGUGAAGCUGUACAAAACGUUCAAGGAUCGAAAGUACCUGUACAUGCUAAUGGAGAGCUGUCUCGGUGGUGAGCUUUGGACUAUUCUACGCGACCGUGGGCACUUUGACGACGGUACUACGCGCUUCUAUACGGCCUGUGUGGUCGAGGCCUUUGAUUAUCUGCACUCCCGCAACAUCAUUUAUCGCGAUCUGAAACCAGAGAACCUGCUCCUGGAUGUGUCCGGGUACGUGAAGCUGGUUGAUUUCGGAUUCGCCAAGAAGUUACAAUCAGGUCGAAAAACAUGGACAUUCUGUGGCACACCGGAGUAUGUUGCACCGGAAGUUAUUCUCAACCGAGGACAUGACAUCAGUGCGGACUACUGGUCACUUGGAGUGCUCAUGUUCGAGCUUUUGACCGGUACACCACCGUUUACCGGUGCAGAUCCGAUGCGCACGUACAACAUCAUCCUGAAGGGUAUCGAUGCAAUCGAAUUCCCGCGGAACAUCACCCGCAAUGCCAGUGCACUGAUUAAGAAACUAUGUCGAGACAAUCCAACCGAACGUCUCGGGUACCAACGAGGUGGCAUCAGUGAAAUCCAGAAACACAAGUGGUUCGACGGCUUCUACUGGGAAGGAUUGCGGAAUCGUUCAUUACCUCCGCCAAUCUUGCCGAAGGUGCAAAGCGUUGUCGAUACGGCCAACUUCGACGACUAUCCGGCUGAUCCCGACGGUCCACCACCGGACGAUCUGUCCGGCUGGGACGAUGAUUUCUAA